CCCGCGCUGCCCGAGCCAGCGGAAAGAUGGAUGGGCACGUCCUGGGCUGGAUCGUCCUCCUGUGGCUCGCAGCUGAAGUGGAAGGCUUGCAGGUUACCAUGCCUGAGAAGAAGAAGGUGGCCAUGUUGUUUCAGCCUGCUCUGCUUCGCUGCCAUUUCUCCACUUCUUCUACCCAACCAGCUGUUGUGCAGUGGCGGUUUAAAUCUUAUUGCCAGGACCGAGUGGGAGAAGCUUUGGGAAUGGCGACUUCUGGUUUACAAACGAUGAGCAAGAGGAACCUGGACUGGGAUCCCUACUUGGACUGUGUGGACAGCAGGAGGACAGUCCGAGUUGUGGCCUCCAAACAAGGAUCUGCUGUCACUAUAGGGGACUUCUAUAAGGAAAGAGACAUCAGCAUUGUCCACGAUGCAGACCUUCAGAUUGGGAAAUUGAUGUGGGGAGACAGUGGGCUCUAUUACUGCCUUAUUAUCACACCGGAUGACGUGGAGGGCAAGAAUGAAGAAUCGGUGGAGCUGCUUGUGCUUGGCAGGACAGGGCUGCUUGCUGAUCUCUUGCCCAGUUUUGCUGUGGAUAUUAUGCCAGAGUGGGUCUUUGUGGGCCUGGUGAUCCUGGGGGCAUUCCUGUUCUUCCUCCUGGUGGGGAUCUGCUGGUGCCAGUGCUGCCCACACAGCUGCUGCUGUUACGUCCGCUGCCCCUGCUGUCCCGAGUCCUGCUGCUGUCCCCGGGCCUUGUAUGUAGCAGGCAAAGCAGCAAAAGCUGGGUACCCUCCUCCAGUCUCUUCCAUGCCAGGUGCAUACUACAUCCCCAGUGUUCCUGUGACUGGUGUCCCGUCGCCUGCUGUGCUGAUGGAUAAGUCCCACCCUCCUCCCUUAGCCCCAGGUGACACCAGUGGAGGAAGCCAAAAUGCAGUGUGCAAGGGGUACAGGAUCCAGGCUGACAAGGAAAGGGACUCCAUGAAGGUGCUUUACUAUGUGGAGAAAGAACUGGCUCAGUUUGACCCAGCUAGGAGAACGAUGCGAGAACGAUAUAACAACACCAUCUCUGAACUCAGCUCUUUGCAUGAAGAGGACCUGAACUUCCGUCAGCCCUACCGUCAGUCACGAAGGAAACCUCUGCCUCCUGCUGGGGACCUGGAUGGCGAUGCUGAAUACUGGGCUGGAGUGAUGGGUGGGGGUAGCACAUCCAGAUCACAGGCUGUCUCUGAUUACAGAGAUGAGCGGGACACUUUCUGGCACAGCCAGCAGAGAUCCAAGUCUGAGAUGUUGUCCCGUAAGAGUUUCUCUGUGGGAGUGCCGGCUGUCUCCAUGGAUGAGCUGGCAGCCUUUGCAGAGUCGUACAGCCAGCGGAUGCGGCGAGCAGACAGCCAGGAAACACGACGCUUCGAGCGCUCAGAGUCGCAUGGCAGCCGCAGCGGAGGGCUGCCCCACCAGGAUGGCUCCAUUGAAGAAUACUACACCAAGCGCAGCAGAGGGAACCGGGAGCCGCUGACAGACUCGGAUCAGGGCUGGUCAUACAGCCCACCCCGGAGACGUGCCCAUGAGGAGAAGCACCUGCCCAGGCUGGUGAGCCGAACGCCUGGAGGGAGCCAGAAAUACGAUCACUCCUACCUCAGCAGCGUGUUGGAGAGGAAAUCUCGGAGCUAUGAUGAGAGCGGUGACCAUAGUGAAACUCCCUCGAAGCUGAGCUUGCAGCCCAGCCAGAGAGGAGGGGGAACAUACUAUGCCUGGUCACCACCUUCUACCUACAAAGCCGAGAAAUCACAGCAGCAGUCACAGCAGCCGCCAUCAUCGCCUGAGCAGGAGGAUGAAGAGGACACCCUGCCCCCAUACAGUGAGAGGGAGCUGAGCCGAGGCCCUUCAUGUAGGGCCAGGGAGCAGGCCUACCUCAACGCCUCUGACAAGAAGAGGAAAAAGGACCCCAAGAAAACAAACGAUUUCCCAACAAGGAUGUCCCUUGUGGUUUGAAGUUGUUGUGGACAUGUCAUGUUGAUGGGCUGGAUACUAUGAGGUGACUGCAAUGGAAAAGAGAGAGAGCAACAAGCAAGACAAACCUCCCGUGAAUCUGUGCAGCCAUUGGCCAUGGACUCUGUUUCUACUGUUUAUCUCAUCAGGGAAGUAGAGGCUUUCACAAGAGACAGACUCCCAUGAACAGUACUCGGUCUCAGAGGCUCUGUGAGUCUGCCAGGGAUAUGAGGCCAGGGCUGUCUUUGGCACCAGGUUUUCCAGUGCGCUCCAUUUUGUGCUGGAAGGUAGCUGCAUCCCCACUGUCCCUGCAGCCCUAACUACAAGUGAGGCUGCCUGCGUGCCUCCUGCCCUGUCCUGUGUGCAGAGAGAAGCCUUUGCGCUUAGCUCUUGCUCUCUCUGUCUCCUCAGUUCUCUGUUUGGAUCAAAGUUGUCUCCAUACUUGCAGUUAGAGCCUUUUCUGUAUCAUCCCCAUGCCGGGAGAAAGCUUUGUUCUUAGAACUGCAGGCCGCCUCCAGCUUGUCUAUAUAAUUCCAGACACUAUAGAAAAGGACUGGUGAGAUGUUACUUUGGCAAGGGCUGAACAGAGAGAGAGAGACAAUUAUGGACUGGUUAGUUCAAUAUGUUUAGUUCUGUUCGUUGUGUGACGAAAGGUGCAGGUGAGAUUGAUGUAUUAUUUUGAAAGUGGAUCAAAAUAGCUUUUAUUGUGAGAGCAUGAUGUGUUUUUCCCCUCACCCCCAACUUCGUUUUGUUUUGAUACUGUUACAUUUCUUUGCAGUCAAGCUAUGACCUGUAGAGCUUCAAGCUAGAAUAUCUACUCCACCAUACCAUAAGCAGUGCUCCAGGCUUGCUGGCACUCUGCUUCCAGCACCACAAGACAUCUCUGCAUAGCAACCUUUUGUUUUAAAGGGCCUUUUUGUUUUAAAGAAGCUAAAAGGAGAAAGUCUCAGAGGGCAGCGGUCUCCAUUCUGUCCUACCAGUAUUACUCUUCUCUAGUCAUUGUUCUGAGACACUGAAAAUAGUAGUAACAGCAGUGAAAAAAGAACUAACCCUGUGGAUGAACACAAGCUUAAAGAGUCACCUUUUUCACUUACAGACAUUUCAUUUACCUCGGUUGUGACUGAGAUGUUUUUAGUGGCUGUUGUCUCAGGAGCAGCUUAAUUUCAAAGUGAAGUACUUCAGAUUGGAAGCCUGAUGUUCUGAUUUACAUUAGGUAUACUGCAGCCAUUUCAUUAAUUUUUAGCUGCUAACAUCAUAACAUGAAGGAAGAUGAUGGGAAUAUUUUAAGGUCCAGUAUCUUGAUCCCUAUUAUAUCUAGAAACAACUUAGUGUUCUGCUGUGUUACGAACAUUGUCAGCCUACGAAAUGCCAUUUCUGUUCUUACUGUGGAAAUCUGGUGAGCUGUCUAGCCUCAGGUGCUCAUUCUGGCAACACUGGUUUGAACAUAAGAUCUACAAACAUUGCUGCAAUUCUCUGUUAAUUUCUGUAUUACUCUGUUGCCAGAUCAGUUCACCAGGAACAGUCAGGGGAAAGGAAGACUAAUCUUCAUAGAGUUGAUGACAGUGCAGUCUUCGUGCUAGAAAGUGAUGAAAAACUGGCUUGCUUGUCCUGUGCUCCUCUUUACAUCCAGUUGCAGUGAUGUAAUUGUGAUGUGCAUCCAAUUACAGUGAUGACUGUAAUUUUGGAAAUCCUAGUCCUGGGACUUACAGGCCACAGGACUAGAAGUCCCCUUUAAAUAUAGAUAGCUACUGUAUGGUCUUCCCAGAGCUGCCUUCUUUCUAGGUUGAACAAGCCCAACACUCUCAGCAAACCCAACUCCUGUCUCCAUAGAGGAGGUGCUCUAGCCCUCUGAUUGAUUUCUUCGCAUCCUCUGGACCUGCUCAGGCAGGUCCAUUUCUGCCUUGUGUUGAGGACACCAGAACUGCACACAGUACUGCAGGUGGGGUUUCACAAGAGCAGAGUAGAAGGGGCAAUUCACCUCCCUCUACCCACCACAGUCCUUUUGGUGCAGCCCAGGACAUGGUUGACUUUCUGGGGUGCAAGUGCAUAUUGCCAGUUCAUGUCCAGUUUUCAUUCAAUG